AUGCGGCAGGACAAGCUGAGCGGCUCGCUGCGGCGCGGGGGGCGAUGCCCGAAGCGGCAGGGCGGCGGCGGCGGCGGCGGCAGCGGCGGCGUGGGCACCAUCCUGAGCAAUGUGCUCAAGAAGCGCAGCUGCAUCUCGCGGACCGCGCCCCGCCUGCUCUGCACCCUGGAGCCGGGAGUUGAUAUGAAAUUGAAGUUUACUCUUGAGCCAUCUUUAGGUCAAAAUGGCUUUCAGCAGUGGUAUGAUGCUCUCAAAGCAGUUGCUCGACUCUCAACAGGGAUCCCAAAGGAAUGGAGGAGAAAGGUUUGGUUGACCUUGGCAGAUCAUUAUUUGCACAGCAUAGCCAUUGACUGGGACAAAACUAUGCGUUUCACUUUCAACGAGAGGAGUAAUCCAGAUGAUGAUUCAAUGGGAAUUCAGAUAGUCAAGGAUCUUCACCGUACAGGCUGCAGUUCCUAUUGUGGCCAAGAAGCUGAGCAGGACAGGGUCGUACUAAAGCGGGUACUGCUGGCGUAUGCCCGAUGGAACAAGAAUGUUGGGUACUGUCAAGGUUUCAACAUCCUGGCCGCUCUGAUUCUGGAAGUGGUGGAAGGCAAUGAAGGAGAUGCACUGAAAAUUAUGAUUUAUCUGAUCGAUAAGGUACUUCCUGAAAGCUAUUUUGUGGAUAAUCUGCGGGCUCUGUCUGUGGAUAUGGCUGUUUUCAGGGACCUCUUGAGAAUGCAGCUCCCUGAGCUAUCUCAGCACCUGGACACUCUUCAGAGAACGGCAAACAAGGAGAGUGGAGGUGGAUAUGAACCUCCACUGACCAACGUCUUCACCAUGCAGUGGUUUCUGACGCUCUUUGCCACAUGCCUGCCUAACCACACAGUUCUAAAGAUCUGGGAUUCUGUGUUCUUUGAAGGCUCAGAAAUCAUCCUGAGGGUAUCACUUGCCAUUUGGGCAAAAUUGGGAGAGCAGAUAGAAUGCUGUGAAACAGCAGAUGAAUUCUAUAGUACCAUGGGCCGCCUUACUCAGGAGAUGCUGGAGAACGAUCUUCUGCAGAGCCAUGAACUCAUGCAGACCGUUUAUUCUAUGGCUCCAUUCCCUUUCCCACAAUUGGCAGAGCUGAGGGAAAAGUACACGUACAACAUUACUCCGUUUCCAGCCACAGUUAAAGUCACUUCAGUUUCUGGGCGACAUGGUAAGGUCAGAGACAGUGAUGAAGAGAAUGACCCGGACGAUGAGGAUGCUAUCGCUAGUGCUGUGGGGUGUCUUGGACCUUUCAGUGGGCUCCUGGCACCUGAGCUGCAGAGAUACCAAAAGCAGAUUAAAGAAUCAACUGAGGAGCAGAGCCUGAGAUCUAACAACAUUGCAGAGCUCAGUCCAGGAGCCAUCAACUCCUGUCGAAGCGAAUACCAUGCCGCGUUCAACAGCAUGAUGAUGGAGCGGAUGACCACAGAUAUCAACGCCCUGAAGCGGCAGUACUCUCGAAUUAAGAAGAAGCAACAGCAGCAGGUCCAUCAGGUGUACAUCCGGGCAGACAAAGGGCCAGUGACCAGCGCUCUCCCAUCUCAGGUAAACAACUCUCCAGUGAUAAACCACCUUCUUUUAGGGAAGAAGAUGAAAAUGUCAAACAGAGCAGCCAAGAAUGCAGUCAUCCAUAUCCCUGGCCACACGGGGGGCAAAAUAUCCCCCGUCCCCUAUGAAGACCUGAAGACGAGGCUUAACUCUCCAUGGCGGACUCACAUCCGAGUCCACAAAAAGAACAUGCCAAGGACCAAGAGUCACCUGGGCUGUGGGGACACCAUAGGGCUGAUCGAGGAGCAGAACGAGGGCUGCAAGAUCACCAGCCUGGGGACAGCGGAGGAGGAGUUUCCCCCUAGUUGUACAGCCAGCGCUUGCAGCGAAGGCGGCAGCUCCGAGGGCGGCUCUGGGAGGACCAUCGAAGGGCAGUCUCCAGAGCCAGUAUUUGCGGAUGCCGACGUCGAUGUGGCUGCGGUUCAGGUGAAGUUAGAGGCCUUGGAAAUGAACCUAAGGGAUGCCGCUGCUGGAGCUGAGCCCAGGGUGCCCCUUCCCUGCCAGAGGCAUGUCCCGGAGCCAGCUGAUGCCCCCGGAGAGAACAAAGCAGCCAGCAAACCUCCCCAAGGCAGCCAUUCCAAAACCCCCAUCUUCAGCCCUUUUCCCAGUGUCAAGCCACUGCGGAAGUCAGCCACAGCUCGCAAUUUGGGGUUGUACGGCCCUACAGAAAGAACCCCCACCGUGCACUUUCCUCAAAUGAGCAGGAGCUUCAGCAAACCUGGUGCUGGGAACAGUGGCACCAAGAAACGAUGAUGCCCCGGGGCAGCUCAGUGUCGGGACUCCACUCAGCCUGGUGGCGUAAGGAUGCCGCUGUUGCUCUUCUAGUUUUGUUCGUCCAGUGAAAACGGAUAGGUUCAGAGAUGAGUGACGACAGCCCAUCAAAAUGGGAGUUGGAAGUUUGGUGAUGAGAAUUUGAAUAGAGAUGUUUUCCCAUCCAUUUGAUAACUGAUCAACUAGAUUCUUGGGGCAAAAUAAAUUUUGUGGUUUUUAAGUGUGAAGUUUUCCCAAGUAUCCUUGUGAUCUGUUUAGAAAAGAACACAUCUAGACUGUUAAACCUUCUGUCUAUAGCGCCUUUUCAGGGUCCCAGUGACAGCACUCCUCUUACUUUCCAGUCCUCUGGAUGUCACAAGAACUCAAGCAUGAACACACCAGCUUGCUAGAACAGAAACCAUAGAAAGAAAGUUUCUUAGUUGCAAAACAACAACAACAACAACAACAAAACUCUUUAGAUUUUCUUCUUUGUGGGGGAUAUUGUUAGUGUGCGUGGGGGUUUAGCACCAUCUCCAAAUUGUUUUUUUUUAUCUGACGCUAAAACAUCACAGAAACAUCAAGCUAUCCUUUCUUUAUUUCUACCUGUGAAAAGAAAACCUUUGAUCAGUUGAAAUUUGCUAACUAAAUUGAAGACCAUUUGCAGAGAACAUACAUCUGAACUGCUUGCUAAUUCCGUAAGCUUUUCCCAAGGAUUCAUUUUCUUCUCUCGGGGAGAGCGUUGAGCCUCAUUGGUACUGAAGACCUGAUGGGCGGCUCGUUCACCUACCAGCUUUCCACAGCAGACACACACAGCUUCUGCUCAAAAGCCAGAGCACAGCAUCUGUGACUGUUACUUGAAUUUUGUGCUUUUGGGGAUUGGAGUACUUUGUUACUUGAACACUGUCUUUCUUGGGAGAAGACGCCAGCGUUUUCCUAAUUCUCUCUCUCACCCACUACACCCCUGCCCUGGUCCUUGCAAGUCAGAGAUAGAAUCUCGUGUCUCCACUAUGCAGUUGGGAACUCUGAUCCACACAGAGGUGAAAUAAUAGCACUUUAGUCACUGCAGGUAAAACUCCCAGUAUUCAUGUGACCUAGCCAUGCUUCCUCCAGUGCAGUAGACAAACUUAGUCCUCAGUGUGCAGAUGCAAUGAUGACAGACUUUAUACAAACCAAGACUGAGAAGUCACUCACUAGACAUCCUCCUGACUCCAGGACCUUCCUUCAGAUGGCCUGUGAUGGUGUUUCAUAAAAUGAGCUCUGAUCUUAUCAUGAAAACUUAGUAUUUUUUUUUUUUUUUUGUCCAAAUGCUUCGUGCACCUAUCCUCUGGCUGCACAAAGGGCUCUCGGCUCACCCUGGACCAUCACUAGCAGUGUAGAUUCAUGUCUGUGCCUUCACCUUUGGAAGGCUUUGGCAAUGCUUGCAGGAACAUGGUUGAAACGGUCAGUGUUAGUCGGAGCUAACUGGUUUCUAAUUCUGAAGCCAAAGCUGUAGUUUGAGGGCUUUUACUAUGAGAGGUUCUCAUUUUAUAAUCUAGAGUGUAGUUGUGUGGGCUUUUUUGAACAAAAAUAUAUAUAUAUAUAUAUGAAUGUCACAUUUUAUACCCCUUGUGGUAUUUUUACCCCCCAAAGAGCCCAAGAUAGAAAGUGUGACUAAUAAGCUGUUGCAGUUUUGGCCCGAGCUCUGUGCCAUCUGAAGUUAGCAGGCAUCUUCUGAACAUGCAGCCACACCCACAGCCUGCUUCUUGGGAAGGCUGUGGGUGGGGAGCUGGGCUUACUUUGCACACCACCCCCAGGAGAUGGAACCUGCUGAAGUCUUCCAAAGUUAAGCACGUGAAAAGUUUCUUCCAUCUGCCAAACGUUGUAGAUAAGAAUGAUGGCACCUCAUCAUCUUUUCUCUCCCUCAUCCCAGUCAAGUCAGAACAGUCCUGUUCCCCAUGAGGGGUACCUGACUUGAAUAGAAGAUUGCACAUUUCUCAUUCCCUCAGCUCCCUGAGGGUCCGGGAUGAGGGGCUCAGGUAACAAGGGGGAGCUGUCUGCCAGCUGUCUCAGUUGUACAGCACAUACUUGGCUCGACAGUCUCCUCUGAUGUCCCAAGAAAGGGACAGAUGAGAGGGCAUGUAGCGUGGAGUAAGUAUUAAUUGAGUGAAAGAAGGAAUAAUUGAAAGGAAAAUCCUACUGGAGAUAAAAAUGACCAUGCCAAUUUAAUAAUAUCCCAACAGAUGUCUGCUAAAGCAUUCUGUACCAAUAAUGUGCAUGCAUUGUACCAAGUAAUCACAAUGUGAACCGAUCAACUCACAAAGCCUUGCCUUCUCUAGAACGUAAAGAAAUCUGUAGUAGCCUCUCCCACACAGCAUGUACAAAGGCCAGUAUGGACUUGCUGUCUUCCUCAUGUAUUGGACACUGUAUGCAAACACCAGAAGUACUUAACAAGUAGCAGUCUGUUUAUUUCUAGGCCUGCCUGUACCCUCUUGGCACUUUUUCUAGAAGUCAGUUCUGCACUUCAUUCCUCUUUAAAAAGCCUCCAGAUGAUCUAAACUUAGUUUGUAAUGUGGACCUAUAGACUGUAACUGUUUGGAACAAUGUUUCCCUUUUUUUACUUGUCUUGUUAUUCUGAAGAACUGUAUGAUUUCAAAGAUGUAUACAUAAAAAUUCUCAUUAUUAUA